CAGGAAAAGAGAAGAAAGAAAAUAUAUACUGAAAAAGCAAUUAAAAGGACAAAAUUAAACGAAGGUUCAUACACAAUAAGUACGUACUAUGAAAGCUUCAUCCGUACUAUAGCCAUGCAAAUGAUAUGGGGUUGGACUAUUUAGGGCCAAUCAUACUUGUUACUUCUCUGAACAACGUUUUUGGUGUAAGUGUACCAUGUGGUGAAACAUAUCUUGCUAAAAAUGGUCACAGGUGUUACCCAUGCAGUGCGGGAUAUUAUAAAGUUUCGGAUUGUGUGAAAGACGGGGAACAGUCAAGAUGUAAACCUUGUGGGUAUGGGGAAUAUCUGCCUACGUGUGAUAAUUCGACACAGUGUAAUCCGUGUGAUCUGUUUUGUCAUGGAGGACAGGUUCAAAUUAAAGCAUGCACACCAACCAGCAACCUAAAAUGCCAGUGCAAGGGUGGUUAUUAUUGGAAACCGGACCCAGAUCGAAUUUGUUUAAGACAUAGGAAAUGCAACCCUGGAGAAGGAUUAAAGACAAAAGGAACACCAUAUGAAGAUACAAUAUGCGAGCCAUGCAAAAACGGAACAUCAUAUUCCAGUUUGACUUCAUAUAACAAAUGCACGCCAUGCUCUGUCUGCAAUAUAACGCAAAGAAGCUGUAACAGUAUCCAUGAUACUGUUUGUGGCAGCAAAGCUAAAGGCACGACGAACACUCCCGAAGCUGAUAGUGGUAAAUCCUGGGUGAUACCAGUAGCUGUUGUUGUUGGUGUCUUCUUCUUCGUCGUCGUCGUCGUUUUCCUCUGUAUCAGACAUGUCAGACGCAGGAACAUAAAACUCUUUGAAGAGGAAAAGCCAGAACAUGUUGAGCAGGGACUUGGCAAUGACUUUAGUUCGACUCAUAUUGAUACAAUUGUAUAGGACCUGGUUGUGAUCUUAGCCCUUCUCGAGAUGGUACAGCAAAUCAUAAUAACAGCGACGAGAAAGCCACUCCAGCAUCUGGUGAAAGACAAAACGGUCCAGCUGAAACUGACACUAAUUCUUUCAAAAUAAACCAGGCAUUUGAUCCAGACCUAGAAGAUAAUUUUGAAAUAGAAAAAAGUAAAGGCCAAGAUGGAGUCAUAUUUCAACUGAAAACAGGAAAUUCUUCGUCAAAUCAGUUACAGCCAAGCUGUGCAUAUACCGAAGAGAUAGAGAGUACUUUAAAAAACAAAAAUGAUGAAAAACCUGGUAAAUUGUCUUCCAGUCAAAGUGAUAAUUGUUCCAUUAAUUCAAACGAAUCAUGUCAAAACAAAGGAAUGCAGGUGUGUCAUUCUGACAAAAACUUCACAGAUGAUAAAGACAGUCUAUCUACCGGGGUGUAGAUUUUCCAAGGUUUUUGGCUCAAAAUCCUUGGAAAAAAACCUUGGAGUAUUGGAACGAGAAAUUUAUGCAAAACUUUGCUAUUAAGAAAACCUUGGAAAAAUAGGGAGAGGGUAUAAAACCUUGUAAAAAAAUGCCGAGGUUUUUUAAAAAUAAAAACCUCGUAAAAAUUAUGACCUCGGAGUAUUGGAACGAUUUCCAAGGAUUUCAGAAUAAAAACCUCGGAAAAUCAUUUUUUAGAAAACCUUGCAAAAUGAGUGACCUCGGAGUAUUGGAACAAUGUCCAAGGAUUUUUUAAGUGUUUCCGAGGUUUGUUUUCCGAGGUUUUCAUUCUCAAAACUGGGAAUACUGUAAUUAUUUCCUGAGGAUUCUUACUAAAGCAUCAAGAUCAUUUUCCAAGGUUUACUUGAGCAAAAACCUUGGAAAUUUCUAAAAAUCCAUGGAAAAUCAGAAAAUAUAACAACCAAUGAAAUAUUCUGAAAAGAGCAAUUAUAUUGUCCUUUUAAAGAAUUAAUAAACUUCUUUACAAUAAUACAGAGCAAAAAAUGAUCACAUGACUCACUGAAACAUUUAAUGUUAGAGUGAAGUAAAUAGCAAUGCACUACAAAUGAAAAGUUAAGUUAAAAGUCUUAAAUGGUAAAUAUUACACUCAAUGUUCAGUUAUAAUUUUUUUGGUACCCGGCAAAUUUAUAUAUAUUCAAAUAUUAAUCUAUUGAAGUCCUGUUCACUCUUCAUGAUUUUAAAGUGUCCCAAAGUUUUUCCCUCACAGUCACAGGGGUCACAUGUGGAAAAUGCUUGGAUACAAUUCCUGAAAUAAAUAAAGUUAAUAUAUAAUAAAGUAAAGCCAUUGAAAGAAGUUAAAAAAACAAUUAUAUAAAAUCACUACUGGGCGCUUCCCUCUCCAUGUGGUCAGCCUCAGCGACUUCAAACUAAGUGCCUUACAACAUUGUAUUUUUGACUCUUGAAGCCAGGACGGGCUUCUUCCCUCUGAGGGAAAAUGCUAUCCAGCCCAGGAUUAAGGAACAGCUGAGGUUAUACUCAGGACAGUACAGUAUGUGUAGGCAAUCAGAAUUACAUCAUUUAAUUUCUUUUUUAUUCAUCAAUAAAAGAAACUGAUACGUUCCUAAAAAUAUGAGUUGAUAUAUUGUUUUAAAAGAUCAGCACUUGUGUGUAAGGAAAUAUAUCUUUUAAGUGAUCCAAAACUACUUUAAUGACAAGUUGUUUAGAUAGCCUUUCUUUGUUUCAAAUGAACUUUUCUGUAGUUACUUUAAAUGUUUGUCUUUGAAGUUUUGAAGUAAUAAAUUUAAUUUUUUACAUGUUGAUUUCUAUUUUUUCUUCAUCAGUAUUUAGUGUUAAGAUUUCAAGAAAACGUUUGUUAGCAUUGUGACAAUUCUGCGAUGUUUAGAUAGAAGCAACGUCUGUUACUAUUAUUUUAGAUUAUACAACCUAAAGCACUCUAAAAAUAUUGCAAAAAAUAACGCUUUUGAACAUAAGGUGAUUCUGAAAUGUGUUCCUGCAGCAAUAAAGCUGAAGAGUCAUCUGAUAUUACAUUUACAGCAUUUCCUACAUUUAGUAUCAAUAAAAAAAUCAGUUCCAGAAACCAUCAUUCAUUCCAAUUUCAAAUUGAAACUUUCAAAAGCUAGUUUUAAAACAAAAACAUACUGUAGUAUAUUCCUUGAAGCCUUUCCUGGUCUACAGUUGGCUUCCUUUGCCCCAAUGCCAAUUUUUUCCAGUAUAUUCCGCUGCUUUAUUAUACUAUGAUAAAAGACGACAAAGCUGGAUUGCCAUCUUCUUGUAGUUUGGAACAUCUGAAAACUUGCUUACAAGCUGACUCUGUAAUUAAAAAUUUGUAGAUGAAAGUUUAUGAAUUAUGUCAUCAUAGUUUCAUGCACUCAUCUUGUUAAAUACAAUCAUAGACAAACACAAGUAGAGAUUUUGAUGCUAAAGCAUCAAAUCGCCGGAUAGAAAAAUGAUUGUAUUAUCAUAAAUAUAAGAAAAUAUAAGUUUAAUGGUUCAAGUAUAAAAAUAAGAGGAACAAUGAGUUGAGUAAUGUUUGCCACUGAGGCUUGUAAGGCAAGUGCUAUGCUGGUAAUUCUUCUU